CAGUUCCGUUCCGAACAAUAMACAACAACAACAACAACAACAACAACAAUGAAACCAACGAGGUCGAGCCGCUUUCUUUUGCUCGUGCUCCUGUUCCUCGUUUCCUUCCUGGUUCGUUCCACCAUGGGAGAAACGCUCCUGGUCAAGGCGCAGGACGAGGACGAGGACGCAGCCGACACCCCAGCCGUUGCAGACGAUGGAGGGGACGAAACAGAAACCGACACCGAGACAGAUCCAGCAGCGGAGGGAGACGCCGAGGGAGAUGGAGAUGAUGGAGACGGCGAAGAAGGCGACGACGGCGACGAAGAAUCCGACGAAACCGGGGAGGAAGGCGACGCCGAGGACGACGACGAAGGAUUUCAGGUCGAGGACCUGCUGCCGGGAUUCGAAAACACCGACGCCGACAACUUUGUGAAAGGCUACAUCCUCGGUAACCCAGAAUACUACCAAGAGUUAUACGUUGCGGUGAGUCUAGGUUGACAUUGGAUUGGUUUGUGUGACAAAUACCGCUUCGAAUCUCCUGGGUUGUAGGGACAGCUUGGAAGGCCAAUGACAACCGAGGCGCGUGGGAAUUGAAUAGGGUUGAUUUGAAUUGUAUUUCGCAUUAAAUGAACAAUUCAAUUGCAUUCAGCGUUGUUUGUUUGCCAAGGAAAAUGAUCAUUGUCUUGUCGUCUCUUUAUUUCUGUUUUAUAUGAAUCAUCUUGCUAACCACCUGUUUCCGUACAACCAAUCAUUCACAGCCCAAAGCGGUCACGAAGUUCAACAACCUGCCCCGCUUUGGCCACUCCGACGACUUUUCCUUGCUGAUGGGAGACUACCCCGACCACUAUUACCUAGGUCUCCUCUUUGUCGGGACCUUGAUUCUGACUAUCUUUUUCUUCUGGGGGAUCGCUAUUGGCAUUUUCAAAUGUAUCGGGCCGAAGCACGUUGGCUUCCUGGCGGGCUUUCCCUUUCAGGUCGAGGGCAAAAAGUCGGCGGCCGGACGCGUAGUAUUUAGUGUCGGCGCGUGGAUGAUGAUCGUCUCUACCAUCUUCCUGAUCUCACUGGGGCUACCACGCAUGCAGUACCUGUCGGACUCGAUUGCAUUCACCGCCGACGAAAUCCAGAUCGUCGAAAAGGAGGUCAAGUAUAUUGUCACCACUCUGCUCGUUGUUUCAGCCAAGACAAAGCCGAUCCGUGACGAGCUGGUCGAUUUCCUCAAGCGGGACAUCUGCCCCCUCGAGCCCGGAAGCGACACAGAGGACCAGGUCCGAUCCGUCGGGGAGGACACCUACGAUGCCAUGACGGAUCUCGAAGAUUUCAUCGAGGGAUACCUGCUGGACGUUGAGGAUGGGGUCAACACGACCAACACGUUUACUAGCAACAUCCUCGCCGUAACGGACAUGGCACAAUUCGUUGGAAAUCCGGUGGUCACGGCCAUCGUCUUUCCUUACUUUAUCAUUCCGAUCAUCCUACUGGUGGCGGUGGGAAUGGGCUGGUAUGAUUUCUACAGCGAGACCUUCUACUCUUUUGUCACCUGGCUGGUGGUGCCCCUCCUGGUGCUGUUGACGAUACUGGCCUUCGUCACGGCCACCACUCUGGUGGUGGCCAUCCAGGCCAACGCCGAUAUCUGCGUUUCCUCCGGUGCCCCAGAGGACUCCAUUCUCGGGGUUCUGAACAAUCUGGACCUGGAGGACGACAGUGGAAGUCAAUCCAAGGACGACAACGGGCCUUCCGACAAUUUCUUUUACGAUAUCAUGGUCUUCUACACCCACCAGUGCACUAAACCCAAUCCCUGGGAAUUCAUGGAGGGACAUUACGCGGAUCUGGCCCGGGGCCGAAACAUCCUCGGAGAAUUCAUCCGGUCGAUCGAGGACACGACGUUACUGGAGCUGUCCCAGGAAUGCGGCAUGGAGUACGGGCCCAUCGUGGUCCUGCUGAAAAGUCUUCAGGACCUCAUCACCAUUCUGUCGCAGACGUCGAUUCGGGCUCUCACCCUCAUGUCCUGCCGGAACGUCGUCCCGCUCUACACGGCCUGGAUCUACGAGUCAACAUGUACACUGGCUCCGGUCUCGCUGAACCUGGUGUUCAUGUGCAUUGUCUGCAUCGCCUUUUUCGGGAUGGUGUGUAUCACCUUUCGCGGAGCCUACUACCCAAUCGACUUUUAUUACUACGAUGCCACCGGGAGGGGCGACAAACAAGAACUCUACCCGACCGACGAGGUUGGCGAUAGUGGCCUGGCGGACACACCAUGCAACGAGAAGGUGUUGGAGGAGCAGGAAGACCAGUGCAUCGAUGCUACGGAGGCCAUGGAGGAGUCCAUCGAGAUACAGAUUUACCACGACGACGAGGAAAAAGAAUACGAAACCGAUGACGACGAGCAAGACCAUGAGAAGAACUUUCUGCUUGACAAAUACGGGGAACCCAUGGAAGGGCCGGACGCAGCCCAACACAGUGUGGGUACCAAUGGCAGUUACCGAGGAAUUGAUAGGAACGGAGACUCGCACGCCGUAUACAGCGACGAUGACGACGAGAUGACCUUCCACUCGACUUUUGACGAUGAAUACGAAUACAACUCUGCCGCAGAAGAAGAAUCAGAGACAUUCUCGUACGUGUCGUAAGCAUGAAACAUCGCACAGCAAAACACAGAUCACGGUAUGACAUCUCAACAAAGGGACUCCUGCCGACGCACGCGCGCGCACCAAAAACAGAGGUUGCAUUUGGGAUUCUUAUGCUAUACCACGGUAUGACAUCUGCAGAACAUGAACCAUAAAGUUGUACCAGUGCC